AUGGUGCCACGCAAUGCCUAUCGACUGCUCGUUAUCGUGUCGGCUGUGGCUUUGACAUACGUUCUAUCUCCUUACCUAUACCGCUUUGGCGACUACGUGCGGCAGACGAACCCGCUUUCAGGCCAGAAAUGGAUUGAGCAGGCUUUCCAGCCGACGGAGCCGGAGCUCGCGUGUCUCCGCGGCCAGUCUCCCGCCGCCGACCACAAUGCAGCCGCCGUGCCCUCGAUCGAUCCUAUACCCAACGUCGUGCACUUCAUUUACGGACUCAAGAACCCGCUGAAUAACCCCGGUGCCGGCCGCUUCGACUUCCUAAGCUACCUAGCAGUGCGAAGCGCAAUCGUGUCGCUCCGGCCCGAUGCCGUUUACCUCCACUACACCUACCUCGCCGACCCGCCAUCGCCCAAUGACGACGCCGACCCCCUGACGAACCCCUGGAUCCGCCGUCUGUCUCCGCACAUCAAGCUUGUCCACCACCCCCCCUCUUCCACCAAGGUUCAGUACGCCCAUCUGUCCGACACGAUGCGCCUAAAUUUUCUCCUCAAGCAGGGUGGGAUCUACUUGGAUAUUGAUGCCUUCGCCUUGCGCUCUUUCGACAAGCUUCUCCAGCCGCCCCAUCCGCAUGACGUGGUGCUCGGUGCAGAGGGUGGCAAUCGAUGGGGUCUCUGCAAUGCCGUUAUCGCUGCCCGUGCCAACAGCAGCUUCAUAGAACGCUGGCUGGCUUCGUACGAAAACGUCGACUUCAGCCGCGAGUGGAACUACCACAGCGUGCUGCUCCCCAAGGACAUGGCCAGAGAUCACCCCGAAGAGGUGUGCACCCUCCCCCCCGACGCCUUCUUCUGGCCCACGUGGACUUGGCGCCACAUCGACUGGAUGCACCAGCCCCUAUCCCGCCAGCAGGCCAUAUUCUGGCAGGGCGAGAUCGACCGCCACGGCGGAGGCCUCUUCGAGAACCAGCGCGCGUACCACGCUUGGGGUCAGAUGGCCUGGGAUCGCUACCUCAAAAAGCUGACCCCGGCCGUGGUGAGGACAAAAGACACGCGCUUCAACCUGUUAAUGAGGCGGUUCAUAGAGAAGGAUCUAUAG